AGAUGCCGUGGGUGCCUAUAAAUACCAUUCCAUGCAGCCAUGGCCUGCCACUUGCACUCCAAUACUUCACAGAUCUUUAGUUAUCUGUCUGAAAUAUACUUCUCUCUGUCAAUGGCGAAAGGUUCCUCUCUGUGCACUACCAACGACUCAUUUUCAGGAGAAGAAGGGGCAAUCCCCCUUCUUGAUUACUCAAAGCUCGUCUCUUCUGAUCCCAUUCUGCGGUCUCUGGCCAUCCAAGACUUGGGCCAAGCUUGCGUCGACUAUGGCUUCUUCAUUGUGAGAAACCACGCAAUCCCAGGCACUGUGAUCAAUGGAAUAAUAGACAAACUCUUUGAAUUCUUUGAUCUGCCUGAGGAUUACAAGCACAAAUACGACACCAAGGAUCCAACAGAUUUGAUCAGAUGGGGCAAAGGCAAUAUCAACCACGUUAGCCGGGAAUUUGUCAAGAUGGCUGUUCAUCCUACAUUUCACUGCCCUUCUAAUCCACAUGGUUUCAGUGAGAUUCUGCAGGAGUAUACCCAGAAGGUGAGAGAGCUUGGAAUUCAAUUGCUUGGAGGGAUUUCAAUGGCUCUGGGACUUGAAAAAAGCUACAUAGAGAAGAAAAUGAACCUGGAAUCAGGCUACGAUUUCUUUACUGCAAAUGACUAUCCAUCACGCCAACAUUCUGAAAAUCGAAUUGGGCAAUUUGCUCAUAUCGAUCCAGGUCUUAUCAUCCUCAUCAUCCAGAAUGUGAGUGGUGGCUUGCAGGUUAAGCACAACGGCAAGUGGCUCAACGUAAAUCUUCAGCCUGACUGGAUUUUCGUUAAUGUUGCUGAUCAUCUCGAGAUUUUAACAAAUGGAAAAUACAAGAGUGCUGUACAUCGAGUGGUGGUGAACAAUGAAGUUAGAAGGGCAACUCUACCUCUAUUUCUGGGGCCAUCAUUGGACACGGUCGUCAAACCUGCACCUGAAUUCACAGACGACAGCAACCCACCGGCAUACGUCGGAAUUACCUACAAACAUUACUUAGAAUAUAAUAAUUUCCAUGUUAUCGACGGAAAAUCAUGUCUGAACCAGAUUCGAAUCUGAAGUCUGCACCAUCAAAUUAAAUAAUAUGUACUGCAGUGGUGUUCGUGCAUGGAUCAGAAUAAAGCAGCAGGGAGGUUUGGUUAGGAUUUUGUGAGUUUUCCUUUAGCAAUCUUCGAAUUCUUGUCCAGACCGGAUUCAUAUAAUGUAAUAUAGAGUGAAAUUCACAUCAAACUCCAUAUAAAUCCGGCCUAAAUAAAAUUUUCUUGGGUGAAAAGUCGGAAGCCUUCCAUUUUCUUUUAGCUAUGAACAAGCAAGAUUGUUCAUCCAUGCUGCAAAUUUAUUUAAGUUAUUAUGUAAAAAUUUGUGAAAUAAUCAUGUAUCAAUAUUUUUUUCUUUAAUGUAUUGUCAUUGUAUAGUUUGCAUCCCUAUUUUUUUAACAUAAUUAAU